ACCAACCAUUAUGUCAUCUGGACUAAUGACAUUUUUCUCUCUGAGAAAAGGAAAGGCACAGCCUCAUAGGCCCGGCCCAGUAACAUACAAUUUCAAAAAUCAAAACGAAGAGGUUGCCGAGUCUCGUCAUUUUCGGGACAACGGAAUCAAAUCUUCCCGUAUAUCUAACCCAGAAAUUGUGGCCCCAUGCCGAUUGCUGCGGUGGUUUUAAUUUUAGAAUGGUCUAGUAAAAUAAUUGUCAAAUGAUUAGCUGAAUCUGCACGCACAAAUAGUAUAAAGGAGGCCAUGCUUGUGGCUCACGGUGGGUGGUGGCAUCAGGUCAACAUAUCAGAGCAACUGCGAGCCAAGCAACUUCGCCGCCGUCAGCGAUGGCGGAAGAGGACAAUCCCCACAUAAUCGAUAUGUGGCAGGUAGAUGAAGAGAGGCUGGCUUCGAUGCUGGAAAAUAUUUCGCAGGACCCAAAAUUACUAAGCAAAGCCGCGGGCAAGAAGUCUUGCUGCAUCUUCAGAGUUCCCACCAGCUUGGCCGAUGUUAACGGAAAAGCGUACCAACCCCGGAUCGUAUCCAUAGGCCCUUAUCACCGGGCCCAACCUCGCUUUAAUAUGAUUCAAGAGCACAAGUGGCGCUAUCUGGGUUCUUUGCUCUCCAGAACCCAAGCAAAAGGGUUAGGCUUGGAGGACUGCUUAAAAGCCGUAGCCCUGCUGGAAUCCCGAGCCCGAGAGUGUUAUUCCGAAACCAUUCCCCUCAAUUCUCACGAAUUCAUCGAAAUGAUGGUUCUUGAUGGCUGUUUCAUCCUUGAAUUGUUCCGCAAAGUUGGGAGAUUGGUCCCGUUUGAGCCUGAUGACCCACUCGUCACCAUGUCCUGGAUACUCCCCUUUCUUUACAGGGAUUUUCUCAAGCUCGAGAAUCAGAUCCCUUAUUUCAUCCUGGAGCGCUUGUACGAACUCUCAAAUUUGCCCCAAGAAGAAUCAACCCCGACCCUGUCCUCCCUUGCCUUGGAAUUCUUCAACCAUUCAACGCUACGGCCUGACGAAGUCAUUGCUCGCUUCCCCCAUCUCAAAGGAAAACAUUUGCUGGAUUUGGUUCGCUCCAGCUUCGUACCGAAUCUGAACAGGGAACAAAAGAGGGUGCCAACGCCAACCCACGUGAUCCACUGCGUCUCUAAACUUCGCAGCGCGGGGAUUAAAAUCACUCCCACGGAGAGAGAUAGCUUCUUGGAUGUCACAUUCAGGAGCGGCGUCAUAGAAAUGCCCACCAUCACAAUCGACGAUUUCAUGAGCUCUUUCCUGCUCAACUGCGAGGCCUUCGAGCAGUGUUACAACGGUUGCUCCAUGGACAUCACCACCUAUGUGACCCUCAUGGACUGCCUCAUAAACACUCACAGGGACGUUGAGUAUCUAUGCGAUCGGAACAUAAUUGAGAACCAUUUCGGCACAGACGGGGAAGUUGCCCAUUUCUUCAACAGCGCCGGAAAAGAAGUGGCAUUUGAUAUAGAUACGUGUUACUUAUCCCAGUUGUUCAACGAUGUUCAUCAGUACUAUCGGAGCGGGUUGCACGUUCAGUGGGCGAGCUUCAAGUACACCUAUUUUGACACGCCCUGGUCGUUUAUAUCUGCGCUGGCUGCAUUUAUCUUGUUGGUUCUCACGGUGGCUCAGACCUACUUCUCCGCUGUCCAGUAGUUGGCCUCCGAGCAAUUUGGAUCACUCGUCCAGCAAGCCAUAAUUUUGUAUACAAGUUCGGGAGAGAACAUUCUCAAAAUUAUGGGCCACAGACUGCAGAUAUUUUCUGAUCUAAUUUAAUGAGUUAAUUCCGUCAAAAUUGCCUUGUUUAUUGAUGGAUUCCAUUUUUUUUAAUUUUGUGAAGAUUCCAUUUUUAGUUUUGUUUGAAAGAAUAUUGUAAUCAAUUUGAACAUUUUGCUCUUGGCCCAAUGUCCCAAUUAUAUAUCAGAACUUGAAAAGAUAACGUGUUCGAUACUUGUUUUCUUUUUAA